AUGGCGCCCAAAGCCAAAGCAUCGUCGGACUCCAUGAAGCAAAAGAGUCUUAUGUCUUUCUUUGCGAAGGGAGACUCGAAACUACCCCCUGAGAGUACUAAGCACUCCCAGAAGUCGCUAGAAAAGCAUCCACGCACGCCCGAUGCGAAAAUCCAGUCUUCGCCGGUAUCGUCGAGCUCACCGUUGUCGUCACACCGAGGAAGCACGAAGGAGUCUCCCCCCACCAGCGACCCUCCAAUAGAUGUAGACAUGAUGUCCGACAUCGAGGUACCCGAGAAGCCCAGCACCUCUGUUCGUAUGAAGCGCAAGGUCAUCGUUGAAGACUCGGACUCGGAUGCACCUCGCGCCAUGCCUCCCGCUAGUUCUUCUCCCGGCGAACCACUUGGGGGACGUAUCCAACGCAAAAAGCAGCGCGUAUCUGAGCCACCAUCAGACGAGGAAGAGAGUGUGGCUGUGAAGACUCUCGACCCGUCUCGCUUCACAUCAACCAAGAAGCGUAUAAUUCGUAAAUCAUCUACUGCAUCAGAUGACGACGACUUUAUCGUCCCCUCUGACUCUGAAUCUGACGGACAAUCUGUCAAAUCUUCGUCAUCGCGUUUGUCUAGACGAUCUGGUAUUUCUUCAGAAGAUGACUUUGACGAUGAGGACGAUGAGGAUAGUGUACCAAAGAAGAAGAGCAAGCCACCAAAGAAAACUGCUUCGAAGAAAGGCGCAUCAAAGGAAACCUCGUCCUCCACACCAAGUAUGACCGGCGGUGGUUCGUUCCUGACUGCCGCAGAGCAACGAGAGCGCGGUAAGAAAGACGAGAAGAAGGCCGCUGAAGAGCCAUAUGCUUUCUUGCAGACUGUGAUGGACAAAGACAAGAAUAAGCCUGGCGAUCCUGGGUACGACCCCAGAACAUUGUAUGUCCCCCCAAAUGCAUGGAAAGAAUUUACACCAUUCGAGAAGCAGUUUUGGGAGAUCAAGCAAAAUCACUACGAUACAGUCUUAUUCUUCCAGAAAGGAAAAUUCUUUGAGUUAUACGAGGACGAUGCUCGCAUUGGACACCAGGAAUUUGAUCUCAAGCUCACGCAGCGCGUCAAAAUGUGUAUGGUCGGGGUGCCAGAAAUGUCCUUCAAUUUCUGGGCCGCGAAAUUCCUCGGCAAAGGCAUGUCUUCCCAUCAUGGCCUUUCCUCAGGGUACAAGGUUGGUCGCGUUGACCAGGCUGAGACCGCUCUUGGCGCGGAGAUGCGAUUGACCGCCGAGAAGAAGUCUUCCUCGAAAUCCAAAGCCAAAUCUACGGAAGAGAAAGCGAAAGAUAAAAUUGUUCGCCGCGAGCUGAAUAAAGUGUAUACCAACGGUACGCUUGUCGAUCCGGGGCUUUUGCACGAUGAUCUGGCUGGGCACUGUGUGUCGAUAAAGGAGGAUGUCGACAGUGAGGGCACGGAAGAGCGGCCAAGGUUUGGAGUAUGCGUACUGGACUGCGCGACUUCUGAGUUCAAUAUGAGUGCGUUUGAGGAUGACGUGUGCCGGACGAAGUUAGAAACACUGCUGAGGCAGCUUAGACCAAAGGAAAUGAUAUUCACCAAGGGCACAUUGUCAGUCACUACGACACGUCUUCUGAAGUCGAUUUUGCCCGCGGCAUGUCUAUGGACGAGUCUCCGCAAAGUCGAAGGGUUCUCAUAUGAGGAAACAAUUGAACAGUUGAAGGAGAUAUAUAAGUCCGAUGGAGAGGAUGACACGAUGGAAGAGGACACCAACCAUGGAUUACCCAGCACCGUUCCGCCGUCGAUACGUGAGAUGGUCGAUUUCAAGACGGCUAUCGAGGCUCUCGGUUCGAUGAUAUGGUACCUUCGAACAUUGAACAUCGACAAGGAGAUCCUGACCAUGAAGAACUUCAACGUGUACGAUCCAAUGACCAGGGGCCAGGGACUCGUUUUGGAUGGCCAGACUUUGGCGCAUUUGGAGAUCUUACUUAACAAUGAGGGCACAGAUGAAGGUUCUCUGCUGAAAUUGUUGAAUCGGUGUGCUACACCCUUUGGCAAGAGAUUGUUUCGUAUCUGGCUUUGCAUGCCUCUCCGCGAGAUCUCCGAUAUCAAUGCAAGGUUGGACGCUGUGCAAGAUCUCAUGGAGAAUCCAGCCUUUGAGGAGGAUUUUCUCAAGAUUGCGAAAGGCUUACCUGACUUGGAACGCGCAGUAUCCCGUAUACAUGCCAAGAGCUGCAAGGUCAAGGACUUUCUCAAGGUGUUGACUUCCUUCCAGAGACUUAGCAACGGGUUCAGUAGCCUGACGGAGGCAACAGCCUCUUUCAACUCGAAGACUAUCUUGGGGUUGCUUCGAGGGGCCCCAGAUCUGACAGCAAAUAUCAAGAACGUCGAGUCCAUGUAUAUGCCCACAGACAAGGAUGCGGAUGAGCUGACACCGAGAAGCGGGAAGGAUGAGGAUUACGAUGCCGUUGUGACUGAGAUCGAAGAGCUGGAAAGUGGACUAGAUGACGAGCUCAAGAAGCUGGAGAAAAAGCUUGGGUGCAAUUUGACUUACUGGCAUAGUGCGCAAGGAAACAAGGAGAUCUACCUAGUGCAGACCAAACCUACUCAGAAGAAUAUACCGAAGGACUGGACAAAGAGUGGAUCAACAAAGGCUGCAAUACGAUGGGUCGUUCCUUCUCUCCAAGGAACUGUACGUGCCCUCAAAGAAGCCAGAGAAACUCGAAAUACGACCAUUAAAUCCUUCCGAAACCGCGUCUAUGCAGAAUUCGAUACCGACCGCUCCCUUUGGCUCAGAGCCAUUCGCGUCUUCGCUGAAUUAGAUUGUCUCAUUAGUCUUGCGAAGUCGUCGCUAGCGAUAGAUGAACCAUCAUGUAGGCCUGAAUUUGUGAAAGGGGAUAUGGGGUUGGUAGACUUCGAGGAGUUGAGGCAUCCAACGCUGUCUAUGAGUGCAAACGUGCGGGACUUCAUACCGAAUGAUAUCAAGCUGGGUGGAGACUACGGAAGAAUUGCGUUACUAACAGGCCCAAACAUGGCUGGCAAAUCGACGGUAAUGCGAAUGACGGCGACUGGUGUUAUCAUGGCGCAACUCGGUAUGAUGGUUCCGGCGAGCAGAGCCAGGAUAUGUCCCGUGGAUAGUAUCCUCACACGGAUGGGAGCAUAUGACAAUAUGUUUUCCAAUGCGAGUACCUUCAAGGUGGAACUAGACGAAUGCUGCAAGAUCCUUCGUGAUGCAACGCCCAAAUCUCUUGUCAUUCUUGAUGAGUUGGGAAGAGGGACUUCAACAUAUGACGGCAUGGCUAUUGCAGGGGCGGUUCUUCACCAACUCGCGACUCACACCUUACCAUUGUCUUUCUUUGCGACCCAUUAUGGCUCAUUGACGGAUGACUACGCGUGGCAUCCCAACAUUCGUCAGAUGCAUAUGUCAACCAUCGUCGACAACGACAAGCGCGAUAUUGUUUUCCUGUACAAAUUGGUGGAAGGCGCUGCUACGUCGUCAUUCGGAACCCACGUCGCCAACCUUGCUGGCGUCCCUCUGCCUGUGGUUGAGCGGGCCGAUGUGGUGUCCAAGCAGUUUGCCCAGCAGUUCAAGGAAAGACUGGAGGAUAAACGGAAUAGAUCUGCUGCAUCUCGUCUACCUCUCCCACUUCAGGCAGACUUCGCAUACCUUGUUAGCCUCGCCACUGGGAAGGCAGAGCUUCCGGCCGACUCUGUGCGAAAACAUGAGGUUCUCGCCGGCAUCAAGGCGACGAUGAAGAACUUUUUCAAAUAG